CCCGCGCCUCCGUGGAUCCCUGUCCUUCGUCCAGCUUGGUUGUGAAUCUUUUAAGGCUCUACGUCUUGUUUCUGCUGUAGCAAGCAACGAUGUAACAACGAACUGGAUCAUGUAGCACCAGACUAGUGUAACCUAGGUAGACCGAACACUAGACUAGUCUUGUGUUUUGUAAGGAUUGAGACGAAACAAGAACUACAACAACGAACAGGAUGUAGAACUACAACUACGACUCAUGCCGGAGUUUGUAUCCUGUAAAUAUUUGGUUUUGACUUCAGGGAGGUCAACAUGAUCGUGAUCAUAUCAACAACAACGAUCCACCGUCUUGGGUGGAUCUUUAUUAUUUUGCUUUUGAUGGUGUCUUAAAGAUGAAGAAUAGUGCUUGCUUCUAGUGAUGUAGUACUAGAGCACCUCUUUCUAACCCAUGCGGUGGAGGAGAUAACAAGAAAGAGGCGUCUGGCUCUGGAAAGGCGAACAAGUGUUCGGAUGUCGCUGCAGGAGCCGGAUUUGCCGAUGAGGCAGCAGCUAAGAAUGUCUGCAGCAACAGCAAUGGCAAGGCAUACGAUGCCACGAAAGAACUCAGCUUAUGGAGAAAAAAUCUUGAAGAUUGUUCUUGUAGGUAUCUUUUACUUGGUGUUAUCUUAAUCUUGAGGCUGACAGCGCGACAUUUCCACUUCCUUGGUAGUAAGUUCUCCUAGGUCUUCACAAAGAGUGUGUUUAUGGCUGUGGCACUGUGGUUCUGCUUCUGUGGAUCUUGAUAUCAUCACUUACUUGGAGAAGAACAAUGAGAAUGAAGAUGAAUUUGAAUGUUCCUUAUAUAUUCUUCUACUACUACUGCUAAGACUUCUAAACAAAUUAUUGCUCUGUAGUUGUUGUGCCUAGUCCUAUCUUGUCUCGAGUGUGUUGAUGUCAUGCAAUACUAUCCUCGAUAGAGUUGUGAUGAAACUUCUUUUGUCGAAAAUCACAAACCAUCUCUAACGAAAGAUGACCUGAAAAAGGCCUUAAAGGACGCAGGUGACAACAAGAAAGCGAAAUUCGUGGAACUCUGCUGCAAGGACGAGGCUGCUACUGCUGCAGCGCCUGCUGCCGCUGGUGGAGCUGGUGCGGCUGCUGGAGCUGCUGCUGCAUCUGGUACUGGAUCUGGUACUGGAUCUGGUACUGGAUCUGGUACUGGACAGACGUCGACGACGGAUGGUGGAGCUUCGAAGGAGACGAACAAAGGGGAUGCUUCGAAGCAGACGGAACAGGAAGGGAAGGUGAAGGAUGGAGCUUCGCAGGAGACGAAAGAGGGUGCUGAAGCUCCGAAGGAGACGGAAGGCGGUGCUGGAGCUCCGAAGUAG